AUAAAAUUUCCCUUUACUGUACCCUUAACCGUCGAAUCGGAAGCCAACUUCGGCGUCGUCGGCCAAAUAAUUUGCUUUGGGCUCUGCAUAUGACUGUAACGUACUGGAGCAACUGGACAACAAUAUUAGCAAUGUUUUUCUCAUGUGCUCUUUGGUGGCAUUUCUUAAGAGGGCUUUUAUCCUCCGUCAAAGCUAAUAGUAAACAAGCGGUUUCGGUUUCCUGUGGAUUCCCCAGUUUCAUCUCAUGACAAGCUUCUUUCAGCGCCAGCUAAACUCAUUCAACUCUGUGUGGGAGGGCGGUCCAUGAUGAACAGCUAGUAGCUUUUGAGUAGGCUAGCAGUAAGGAGCUAGCGUGCUUCUAAACUGUGUCGUUUAUUUUCGGAAUAGCACGAUGAAGAACAUCAUGAAGUAUUAUAGAUAUAUUCCGCUACACCAUAUUGACAACAUCACCGGGAGCUAGGGGCCUUUUCUUUCCACAAAACAGGACUGUAUCGACAACUCAGUAUGACUGGAUGGACAAACAUUAGAGCUAGCAGAGCUGGUUGAGACUUUCAGAGUGUGGCACGAAUGGGAUUUACUCAACUAGCCGCUGCUAACGACUGUGCUGGCUGACUAGCUUCGUGGCUAACCGGUUGGCAUUAGCUGUCUGUGACAGUUGAAUGACAGCACUCAUCUAAUAAUUACCAGGGUCUGAAAAAAGUGGACCUGCUGGCACAAUCAUGCCUCCCAGGCCCUCCUCAGGAGAACUAUGGGGGAUGCACAUGAUGCCCCCCAAAAUUCUAGUGGAUUGCCUUCUGCCAAAUGGCAUGAUUCUUACAUUGGAGUGCCUCCGGGAGGCCACACUGAUCACAGUCAAGCAUGAGCUUUUCAGAGAGGCCAGGAAGUACCCUCUCUACCAUCUGCUGCAGGAGGAGAGCUCUUACAUCUUUGUCAGUGUCACCCAGGAGGCAGAGCUGGAGGAGUUUUAUGAUGAAACCAGGAAGUUGUGUGAUCUUAGGCUCUUCCAACCCUUCCUCAAAGUUAUCGAGCCAGUAGGCAACAGAGAAGAGAAAAUUCUCAACAGAGAGAUAGGUUUUGCUAUUGGAAUGCCUAUAUGCGAGUUUGAUUUGGUGAAAGACCCAGAAGUGCAGGACUUCAGAAGGAACAUUUUAAAUGUUUGCAAGGAGGUUGUGGACCUCAGAGACAGUAACGGACCCCACAGUAGAGCUCUGUACGUCUAUCCACCUAAUGUAGAAUCCUCCUCAGAACUUCCCAAGCACAUCUACAGCAAGCUAGACAAAGGUCAAAUCAUCGUGGUCAUUUGGGUCAUUGUGUCACCCAGCAAUGACAAACAGAAGUAUACCCUGAAGAUAAAUCAUGACUAUGUGCCAGAGCAGGUGAUUGCGGAAGCCAUCCGUAAGAAGACACGCAGUAUGCUGCUGUCCCAGGAGCAGUUAAAGAUGUGUGUACAGGAGUAUCAGGGAAAGUACAUCCUCAAAGUCUGCGGCUGUGAUGAGUACUUACUGGAGAAAUACCCUCUAAGUCAGUACAAGUAUGUGCGCAGCUGUAUCAUGCUUGGACGGAUGCCCAACUUGAUGCUAAUGACAAAAGAUGACUUGUAUUCCCAACUGCCCAUGGACAGCUUCACCAUGCCAUCAUAUGCAAGGCGAAUAUCCACAGCAACCCCCUACAUGAAUGGGGAAACAGGCACCAAAUCCUUAUGGAUUAUCAAUGGAGCGCUGAGGAUCAGGAUACUGUGUGCCACUUACGUUAAUGUCAACAUCAGAGACAUUGAUAAGAUCUACGUCAGGACCGGGAUAUACCACGGUGGAGAGCAGCUGUGUGACAAUGUCAACACGCAGCGUGUGCCCUGUUCAAACCCCAGGUGGAACGAGUGGCUGAACUAUGAUAUGUUCAUUCCAGACAUCCCCCGUGCUGCCCGACUCUGCCUCUCCAUCUGCUCCGUGAAAGGGAGGAAGGGAGCUAAAGAGGAGCACUGUCCUCUUGCCUGGGGCAACAUCAACCUGUUUGACUACACCCACACACUAGUAGCAGGAAAGAUGGCUCUCAACCUGUGGCCUGUUCCACACGGCCUGGAAGACCUGCUCAACCCUAUUGGCAUCACAGGCUCUAACCCAAACAAGGAAACCCCUUGUCUUGAGCUGGAGUUUGAUCAUUUCAGCUGCCCUGUCAAGUUUCCUGAUAUGACCACCAUAGAGGACCAUGCAAACUGGAAUAUAUCCAGAGAGCUUGGCUUUAAUUACUGCCACACUGGUUUGAGCAGCAGGCUGGUCCGUGACAACCCCCUGACUGAUAGCGACGCCGAGCAGCUGCGGCAGGUGUGUAACAGGGACCCACUGUCUGAAAUCACUGAGCAGGAGAAAGACUUUCUCUGGAGGCAUAGACAAGACUGUGUCAAUAUGCCAGAGAUCCUUCCCAAGAUCCUCCUGGCUGUGAAAUGGAACUCCAGAGAUGAGGUUGCGCAGAUGUAUUGCCUUCUGAAGGACUGGCCUGCUAUCAAGCCAGAACAAGCCAUGGAGUUGCUGGACUGCAACUUCCCUGAUCCUAUGAUCAGAGAGUUUGCCGUGAAGUGCCUAGAGAAAUACCUAAUUGAUGACAAACUCUCACAGUACCUCAUUCAACUGGUUCAGGUUCUAAACUUCUUUUUCUGGCAUUUAAAGUCAGAGAUGCACAACAAGACAGUGAGCCAACGGUUCGGCCUGCUGCUGGAGUCAUACUGCAGGGCCUGUGGCGUGUAUUUGAAACACCUGCGCAGACAGGUGGAGGCCAUGGAGAAACUCAUCAAUCUCACCGACCUUCUCAAACAGGAGAAAAAAGAUGAGACACAGAAGGUUCAAAUGAAGUUUCUGAUAGAGCAGAUGAGAAGGCCUGACUACAUGGAUGCACUGCAAGGCUUCAACUCUCCACUGAAUCCAGCGCAUCAGCUGGGAAACCUCCGCCUGGAGGAAUGCAGGAUGAUGUCAUCAGCUAAGCGACCUCUAUGGCUUAACUGGGAAAACCCUGAUAUGAUGUCAGAACUGCUCUUUCAGAACAACGAGAUCAUCUUCAAAAAUGGAGAUGAUCUGAGACAGGACAUGCUGACACUGCAGAUCAUUAGGAUAAUGGAGAACAUCUGGCAGAACCAAGGCCUUGAUCUCAGGAUGCUGCCAUAUGGUUGCCUGUCAAUCGGUGACUGUGUGGGUUUGAUUGAGGUAGUCAGGAACUCUCACACCAUUAUGCAGAUCCAGUGUAAAGGAGGCCUGAAGGGGGCACUGCAGUUCAACAGCCACACACUGCAUCAGUGGCUCAAGGAUAAGAACAAGGGAGAGAUGUAUGACCAAGCCAUAGAUCUUUUCACACGGUCAUGUGCAGGCUACUGUGUAGCCACAUUUAUCCUGGGUAUAGGGGACAGACACAAUAGCAACAUUAUGGUCAAAGAUGAUGGACAGCUGUUCCACAUAGAUUUCGGCCAUUUCCUCGACCACAAAAAGAAGAAGUUUGGGUACAAGAGAGAACGUGUGCCCUUUGUGCUUACACAGGACUUCUUGAUCGUGAUUAGCAAAGGAACUCAAGAGUGUACCAAAACAAGGGAGUUUGAAAGGUUCCAGGAAAUGUGCUACAAGGCAUACCUGGCAAUCAGGCAGCACGCCAACCUCUUCAUCAAUCUGUUCUCUAUGAUGCUGGGCUCAGGGAUGCCUGAGCUGCAGUCCUUCGAUGACAUCGCUUAUAUCAGAAAGACCCUGGCGCUGGAUAAAACGGAGCAGGAGGCCCUUGAGUACUUCAUGAAACAGAUGAAUGACGCUCAUCAUGGCGGCUGGACUACCAAGAUGGACUGGAUCUUCCACACAAUUCGCCAGCACGCCAUGAACUGAGAUGGAAACCAAGGAAUGAGAGGAGUUUAAGACUGAAGCAACAACAGCACACUAAGAACCAAAAACUAGUGAGAAGCGAGCGAGCGAGGUAUUUUCCGCAAACACACUGAGGCCUGGUUAAUAUUUCUGCCAGCAUGUGACUCUGAAACAUUACCCGCCAGCACACCACACCAUAAAGGUGCUCAGAACUAUUUCAGGGACAUAAUGCCUAUAUGCUCCUGUUUCUGUCUGUCUCGCAAUUUCUUCUCCGUGCACUAUGAACCUGAGAAGGCAGGGUGGAGUUUCAUCUGUCUUCUUCAUAGGAACUAAAAAGCAUAAUGAAUCUCGACUAUGUUGGCCUUUAUGUGAACAUAUUGUUAUUUUUCUUACAUUUUUAAUUCCUUUCAGUACAACAAUCAGCAUUUAAAAAAUAAGCAUUAUUAGGUGGUAUACCAUGAGCACAGCUUGAAAGAGAACAUCAUUUCCACUAGAUAUUUUGAACUGAGGAAGAUUGGGGAGAUAUGGCCCACGCAGCCAGUCCAGCUGAGAGACUGUGAAAGAAGCCUGGCCGGCACCCAUGAAUUCAUGAAUCCCCUUACAAUCAGAGAAGCAGUCACCAGCACUCUAAGAUGACGUGUUUUUGGAAACACUUAACACUAACAUAAUGACUUGUAGCCUGCAGCCUAAAAACGCCUGACAACUGACUUUUGUACGGAAGUAUGCCCACAGACUUGUAUGCAUUUGGCGCACAUAUUUGUUUUUGAGUCUGUUUUCUACUGAGCCAAAGUACUAUAUUUAACCCCACUACUCAUCGGUCUUAUUGUAAAAAUUCACUACUAUUAAGUCUUGUGUGUGUAUUCUCAGCACUGAUCUCUGCAGUAUUUGUUUUUGUUUUGUCUAUCAGUAUUAUUGUGUCAGAUGCUCAUGUGCAAGUGUCAUCCACCCCACGCAGCUGGAACACAGACUGACUACAGGAAACCUGUCAAAGCAGCUGCAGCCAGCUGCGUAACGUGUUAUUCAGCUGAUAAAGGCAAGAAACAGGAGAAGUAUGCACGGUAUUCCUUUUGUGUGCUGUGCUGUUACACUAUGCAAGUUGUGAUCCUAAUAUGUACUGUUGCUCACACAGAGAAGUUUGUGAAAGAAAAAAAAAUGCACAAUGCUGCACUGUAAGUCUAUCAUCUACUUCUUCGUGGCAGAAAUAAGUGAUAACCGUCUCUGGACCCCAUCUUUUGCUUCUCCUUACCAGGUGUAUAUGUGGAGCUGCAGUCUAAACUAUGUUUUUGAGAUGUUUUGCUUUUGUCUUCUUGUUCUCAAUCACACGUUCGACAGAUCAUUUAAGACGAAGUCCUUCCUCACCUUUGCCAUAUGCUCCUGGAUUGUAGCUAGAGAAGUAACUGAAUCUUCCAAGAGUCUUCUUGCCUGCUCUUUUCCUGUGAUUGAUAACCGUAUGUGUGGAAGAAAAGUCUUUGCAGAUUUGCUUGUCAGAUACAUAAGAGGUCAGUAAAUGUUCUAGCUUUUACCAAAAUGAUACACAACUGCAUGCUUUCCCAAACACUCAAGCCUGUCUGCAAGUUCGAUUUUUUGUUUUAUAUCCAUGGGUUACAAAAUCUCAGGAAACCGAUCCUCCCAAUAUGUAUGCGUUUCUGUAUGGGCUACAGAGCUGCGGGCCGGACCCAAACUGACACAACUAGACCCCAAAAAGUGUCUGUAAGAACUAUUACAAUGCUGCUUCCUUUUGUACUUGUAAAGAGUUUCUGUUUCUCACACUGCAUUAUGCAUGAGGUCCUCAAAUAUCUUACCUUUUUUUGACCUGAUGUUGUUUACUUGAAUUUCAUGUAUUCAUGUAUUGUUACUUGUUUGAGCUGCAACAAACUCACAAUGAAGGUGACAGAUACUGAUACUACUACUACAUGUGCAAAUGCUUUCUUUGAAUGACUACAGAGGUAAUAUAUUUUUGUAUUUUUAAACGUAAGCAAACUCAUAUCCGUAAGUGCUAACCAAAAAAUAGGAGGAUUCUCGCAUUAAGGUUAACCAUCCACAUUUAAACCCAGUAGACAGCUUCUAGUUGUUGAAACGAUUUAUAUUGAAUUGUUGAAUGAAGGAUAAGGACUUGAUGCUGUUGUCAGAGUGGGAACUGUUGCCCCAAAGUUGUCGUCUAUAAGCACAGCAGAGGAAGAAGCUAUCUUGCAUGUUUUCAAAAGACCUGUGUU